AUGGCCAUGGCAAAACACAUAAGGAAAAAAAUUAAUGAAAUUUUUGGCCUGGACUUUAAAGAUAUGAAGCAAAAUCUCGUAAAAAUAAUGAAUGAUGAGAUAAAAACAACAUCUGAAAUCCCUUUGGAGCAAAAUAUCGUAAAAAUAAUGAAUCAUGAGAUAAUAGCAACAUUUGAAAUCCCUUUGGAUUUACUUUUAAACUGCAUUAAGCCCAUUUUUAAAGAAGCUGAGGAGCAUCUUACACAGUCAGAUUAUCCAAAUAGUAGCCGUGAGAAUAAUAAAUAUAUUAACCAUUUUAAUAAAACUGUAGUAGCUGCUAUGAGACUUGUAAUGGCAGGAGAAAGGCUAGCUAUUAUUGAUAGAACUACAAAUGAACUUCAAAUUAGGCUGAGAAAGCAGCUCAAAUUAUUGAAGAUUAAGGUUUCGAAAGUUCUCGGUGAAAUAUUUUAG